UUUGUAUCAUCAAAUUAAAAACCAAACCCUGAUAUUUUCCCUCUUUCCCGUGCGCUUGAACCCUGGUAUUGUUCUUAACCUCUUCUUCCCACAGUUAGCUUCUUCCUUUGACCUCCAUUCUUUAUAGAUCGCCAUUUUAACAACCCCAUAUACCUACCACACUUUUUUUCGCUAAAUCCUCUAAGACCCAAAACCCACUUCACAAACCCCACCUUUUUUGCCCACACCCAAAAAAAAAAACACACACAACGUCUCUUUCUUUCACUUCUGCUCAUCGCUCAUACUUGUUCAAUAAUCAAUACCCACUUCAUUUCAAGGGGUAUAGUUAUACUACAAAGUAACAAACACCCACAUCUUUUUAAGUAGGAACUGUAACUGGAGGGAACAGCCAUGGGGACAAGGAGUCAGCAAUUGAGUCGAGAGGAGGAGGAAGAGGAUCCACCAGGUCGAGGUGCCACCACAAUUUCGGGCCAAUCAGUGUCGACAAGCCGGAGUGUAGGGUCGCCAUCGAGCCGGAGCGAGCAGACCAUGGCAACACCCGCCAGUGACAGCACUUUUCUUAGACUAAACCAUCUUGACAUCCAAGGGGACGAUGCCGGAUCGCAAGGCGCUGUUGCUAGCAAGAAGAAAAAGAGAGGGCAACGGGCUGUUGGAGGUGAUAAGAGUGGAAGAGGACUCCGUCAAUUCAGCAUGAAAGUGUGCGAGAAAGUGGAAAGCAAGGGGAGAACUACUUACAAUGAGGUAGCGGAUGAACUUGUUGCGGAGUUUGCUGAUCCAAGCAAUAGUGUAACGUCUCCAGAUCAGCAACAAUAUGAUGAGAAAAACAUCCGGCGGAGGGUGUAUGAUGCCCUGAAUGUUCUCAUGGCGAUGGAUAUUAUAUCUAAGGAUAAAAAGGAGAUACAAUGGAAAGGUCUGCCUCGAACUAGCCUGAACGAUAUUGAAGAACUAAAGACAGAGCGCCUUGGACUCAGAAAUAGAAUUGAAAAGAAAGCUGCGUAUUUGCAAGAACUGGAGGAACAAUUCGUAGGUCUCCAGAACCUGAUACAACGAAAUGAGCAAUUGUACAGCUCUGGAAAUGCUCCCAGCGGAGGUGUGGCUUUACCUUUCAUUCUGGUUCAGACACGGCCGCAUGCAACUGUUGAGGUGGAAAUAUCAGAAGAUAUGCAGCUGGUGCAUUUUGACUUCAACAGCACCCCGUUUGAGCUCCAUGAUGACAACUAUGUUCUGAAGGCAAUGAAAUUUUGUGAAAGACCACAGGUUGAUGAUAUGGCACAUAAUUUUACUGCAGAUGGAGGUGAAGGUUCUAGCAUGUCAAAUAUGUAUCAAACGCAGAUACCUCUUCCUCCAAUGUCAAACACAACAAUUAGGCCUCCCACCUCACCGCCUCUCCCUGGAAUACUAAAAGCACGUGUCAAGCAUGAGCAUUGAUCAACAACAAGAAGUUUCAACAUCUCUCCAUGAACAAUACUCUCAGCAUGUCUGUAUAUUUUUGUAAAGUAAUUUGCCAGACGUUGGUUAGGCCCCUAAUUAUCAUCCUUACCUCAUUAGAUUGCCGUCUUUAGAAACUUCUGGGGGUUGUGCUUCCGGCAAGUUGCAUGUCCAUUAUUCACUAUUGUAAUCACUUGUCAUAUUCUUUUGCUGCUUUUUGGCCUCCAAAUGUAGUAGAAAUGACUCUAGAGGAUUGUCCAGCUCCAUAGGAAAUUAUAAAAUCAGUUCUACAAUUGGACUUGUAUUGUAUAUUGCAUUUUAUGUCUCCACUUGUUCAAUUAUGUUGUUGCCAAUUUGCCCUGCUACC